AUGUGCAUGGCUGCAGCUCCCCUGGAGUCUGGGCAGGGCUCCCUGCUUGGUGGCUCAGCGCGCCCCUUCCCUUGCCAGUGCGCUUCCCGUGACGAUUGGCGCUGCGCGCGCUCCAUGCACGAAUUUUCUGCCAAGGACAUCGAUGGGCGCAUGGUGAACCUGGACAAGUACAGGGGUUUUGUGUGCAUCGUAACCAACGUAGCCUCCCAGUGAGGCAAAACGGACGUAAACUACACUCAGCUCGUCGACCUGCACGCCCGCUAUGCUGAGUGCGGUUUGCGGAUCCUCGCUUUCCCCUGCAACCAGUUUGGGAGGCAGGAGCCAGGAAGUAAUGCCGAGAUUAAAGAGUUCGCUGCCGGCUAUAAUGUCAAAUUCGAUAUGUACAGCAAGGUCUGCGUGAACGGCGACGACGCCCACCCGCUGUGGAAGUGGAUGAAAGUCCAACCUAAGGGGCGGGGCAUCCUGGGGAACGCCAUCAAGUGGAACUUCACCAAGUUCCUUGUGGACAAGAACGGCUGUGUGGUGAAGCGGUAUGGCCCCAUGGAGGAGCCCUUGGUGAUCGAGAAGGACCUGCCCUGCUACCUCUAGUCCCACAAGCUCUGCCCCAACCCACCGCCCUGCGUACCUGGACCCUUCCCCCGGCACCCAUGACGGCCUGCCUGCAAACCAGCCCGCUGGUGGGGCAGCCCCGAGAACCCAGCGUGCACCUCUGCCGGAGGAAGUCCCCAGGCCACGCCAGCUUCUCUGCUUUGUGGGAAUAAAACAUUCAAAUCGG